UCUUGGAGUCGCUUUCAUACCAUCCUGAACGUCUUUAUUACUCCUGGGACCUCCUUCGUCAUACACAGAUCUAGUAUUCGUUAUCCUUCAAGUUCUUUCCUCGCCAGCACCAUAUACAAAACCAAAUAAUACCGAUCCUGCGGAACAAGUGUGAAUUCGGUCGACGAGAUGUCGUUAUCUCAGCCAGGUUCUCCCACUACACCCGUUAUGGCCCGCGCGCGCACACUCUCAGGCAGCUUGUUAAAGUGCCCUGAAUGCGGAUAUGCGCUGCUAGAGAAAAUCAUUGCCCCCACUCUCUCUUCAUCGCGAUUCGAGGAGCUCUCGUCGUGCAAUGAUGCCCCUCUGGACUCAGAACUUACAGCGCUUGAAACAGUUGUCCGAGAGGGCGAAGCCAACCUGUCUUCUCUACCCCGGCGCAUCGCUGCAGCCCGAGAAACGCUGCAAAUUCUCCUUAAAGAGCAGACCCGCACCGUAAAGCGUAUCACAGAUGCGAAAGUUCUCCUCAAUCCCGUUCGCAGACUACCAGCGGAUGUGCUGAUCGACAUAUUCACCGAGUGUCUGCUGGAGGAUAUGGAUUCUCUUGAUGCUAAAAGUGCACCGUGGGUACUCUCCCAGGUCUGUGCGUCCUGGAGACAGACCGCAUUAGCAUCGACGGAAUUAUGGGCACAUAUCCAUCUGAAAAUGGACCUCUACGAGAAUCACUCACAGUGUGUAUUCCGCUUAGGGACAGUAUUGCACAGAGCGGGGAUGCACCCCCUCAAGGUUAACAUCAUGGGUCGUCAAGGCUUCUCACAACACCCUGUUUUUGCAAUGAUCCUACCCACAUCACUGCGAUGGACGUUUUUGGAUGUCAUCGCACCGCUCCAUUCUUUCCGCUUGUUCAAUAGUAUAUCGCAUCAGCUGCCUCUCUUGGAGACCUUGUCUAUUGAGGUAUCGAGCGCCCAUCGGUCAGAUAUAAAGCUCGAAUCAAAUUUUGUCGUUUAUGGCUUUUGCGAAACCCCCCGCCUCCGAGAGUUAUCACUCACGCAAAGAUUGACAUCCGACAUGUCUUUCUUUCCUCGCUUGUUUGCUGUACCAUUGGAAACGAUAUCAGACUUAACUCUUAUCUCGACGACCUCCGAUAUGGUAUCUCUCCUCCAAUCCAAUAGGGAAAAACAUAUGAUGACUUUUCGUACCCUGUUGGUCGAUUCUGAGCGUCAUGUCUUACCACAGCAAAUCGAAAUUCCAGUGAUCAGACAUUCUUGUCUUCGGUUUCUUGUCCUCGGUGAUUCCCCUGCUGGGCUUUUGUCCCGGCUCCGCCUACCGGCUCUUCGGAAAUUGACACUUCUUCUUUUUAAAAGAUCUAUCCUCCCCACUUUAUCUGAACAUACAGCGCCAACUUUGACCGAGCUGACAGUAGACUCUAGUAGUCGCUCGGUUGAUGGACGUGCAUUGGCGAAUAUGCUGCAGUGGACUCCAAAUUUGACAGAAAUGACACUUGAAACCGUGCUCAAGACCGAUGCACUUUUCAUUGCCCUCGGAAGAUCGAGCGAUGGUGUUCUCAAGUUGGUUCCACACUUGGAAAUUAUUUCUCUCGAAAAGACUGUGUUAGACUUUCCAAACCCCGAUCGUGUUAUUGACGAUAUGGUUGAAGCGCGCCGCGUUGUUGCACCUGGUAAAAGACGGGCAGCACUAAAGGAGCUUGAGUUUAGGAACCGGACCAGAAUCACAUUUGUUACCACAUUGUAUUUCUACUUGUACUUCUUUUCGUUUUGUUGUCUCUUUGGUGCCGAAGAUAUUCUGGUAUCCACUUCACUCCAUUAACAGGUGUUAUAUAACUAGUUCGCGUCGAGAUACUUGUACUACUUUCCCGUUCAAGUUCCCCCUGACUAGAGGUCCUGAAGUGUAUAGUUCUACGAUUACAAUAUUCGACACAGCGUUUCCGUGUUUCCUAUGUAGAUGAAUGCUAAGCGGGGUGCCAAGGUCUUCGGCGAGUGGGAGUUCCCCCCCAGCUAUACGGACAAGGAACCGUAUUUUGACUUCGACGGCAUUUAAUAGCUAGUACACGUUGGAACAGUGGGCUCAAGGUGUUCGCAAUCCGUAAGAUGUGAAUGACUCGACCAGGCUAUUGACGAGGAAAGUACGUCAAUUCAACUGACGGAAGACGCGUCGUCGUAGUUAAGAACAGGAUAAGAUCACAUCCAGUGAUGAGGCAAGUUGGCUAGGUAUUCGGAAUUCCUAUGCCUGCAGGAAUGUCAGCACACCAUAAGCCAC